AUGAACGGUGAGAGGUUGCAGACUUUCAUCCGGGCUUUACUGUCGUUCGACGAUCCCCAGCUGACUUAUGAAACCAUAUGCAAGUAUGUUUCGGGAGUCCAGACUUUCAGCCAAAUUCGCGGUGAAGCUAAGCUAACAGAAACCGAUCGUCAGCACGUCAAACGUGCGCUCGAUGCUGUGAAAAGGAUACGUGAGGGUCAGGGGAGGAAGAGAAAGCAAGCUCCGGUGAUGGACGACGAGCUGAUUGACUCGUUGAUACGAAUGCCAACAGUUCUAGGCUCCGACAAUGAGCAAAUCAAGACUCUCACUCUUUUUACGGUGGCCACAGUCUGUAGACUAGAUGGAACCCACGGAUUGAAUGGUAACGAUAUCGAGCUAAUAGAGACUCCGGGGAAACUCCGUCUCAAAAUUAAGUUGAUGAACCCCAAGACUGAGGAUGGUCCAACUUAUAAGGAGAUCGAUUGUGACGAUCACUGGGAGAUGCAAGGGAAACAGCAGGACGCAUGUGGGGUGAAGUGGUGUGCAGCUCAUGAGAUAGCCCGUCGGAAGAUUGCUUUGAAGAAUAAUCGCUUCCGUCUGUUCCCAAAAAUACAGAAGAACCGCUAUGCUAGAAAGUUGAGGGCCUUGGUCGACUCACAGUUCCCAGGUAUGGGCGAUCGUUGGUCAAUACAGAAUGUUACUGGGCAUGGCCUGCGUCGAACUGGCAGUACUCUUCUCAAGUUGUGUGACGUUCCAGAAAAAGAGGUGCAAGCGGCGGGUAAAUGGAAGAGUGACGCCUAG